AUGCCUCGCAGUAGUCGACGACAACGACGGGAUCGACGUCCUGACUACCACCGUCACCGCCCACAGCGUCAAGACAACAACAGAGAAACUGAGAACCACCAGGACAAUGUCCAUGUCUUGAAUGAGCAUCUGCCGAUCUCAUCCGAGUGCGAACUCCGAGAGUACACCACCGACCAGGGGCCGAUCCUGGAGUUGACAGACAUGAACCCGACCCCGAUCGCAACGCAGAGCAGGUUUUUUGCGGCGUGUCCCAGGGGUGGAGGUUGGGGAGUGACCGAUGACGAAAGAGAUGUCCUUGACCGUUUUCGGGUGAUGAAGAUGCACGGUCAGGGAAAGGAGAUCAUUUACCAGUUUUCGUACAAAGACGAUGAGGCUGUUACCAAAGCCAAGAAAGAUGGCUGCCCUGUCCGGAUCACAUCCAACCUUGGCUACCGCCCCAGAGACGACGUGGAUCGUGGGCUUGCCCGAGACAUGGUGGAGCCCAAUGUUUCCCCCCCUGAGGAGCACGUCAUCAGAAUGGUGAGAGCUUCUCGACCGGUGAUCGAGCGUCCGGCAUCUCGGCCUUCCCAGGCUGGUGGUUUCUCUCGACAGCAUCCGUUGCCGCCGCAGACGCCUCUGCUCCAGGUCAAAAAGGAGGAACCAGAGUGA